AGACCAAAACUGAUUUUCUUUCACAUGCCACUUCCUCCUCUCUCUCUCUCACGCUUUAUUCACCGAUCUCAAAACUUAACCUAGCGAUCCCUGGCCUCCUUUGAAGCAAGAGAUUUGGUGAGAAGCGGAGCAGAUCGAGCUUCAUUGACGACAUGACCGAGGAGGACGAGGAGGAGGAAGAAGAGGACGACGACGAUGAUGAAUACGGCCCCUAUCGUGGCGGCGGCGGCGGGAGUCGUAAGCGGAGCAAGAAGAGGCCCUUCGGUGGAUUUUCUUGAUCUCGAAGCGGUGGUCGAUUCAGAUGAGGAGGGAGGUAGAGGAGCAGCUGCAAUCCAAAGUCACAACAAAGUUUUUUUUUGAUAUAGACAUUGGCGGUGAAGCUGUUGGUCGAGUUGUGAUUGGUCUUUUUGGUGAGGUUGUUCCUAAAACAGUAGAGAAUUUCCGAGCUCUGUGCACAGGAGAGAAAGGAUAUGGUUAUAAAAGAUGCUCGUUCCACCGCAUCAUUAAGGAUUUUAUGAUCCAAGGAGGGGAUUUCACUGAAGGAGAUGGAACUGGAGGGAUCAGUAUCUAUGGUUCCAAAUUUGAUGAUGAGAGCUUUGCUUUGAAGCAUGUUGGGCCUGGUGUAUUGAGCAUGGCUAAUGCAGGCCCUGGUACUAAUGGGAGUCAGUUUUUAAUCGGCACAGUAAAGAGUUUUACACUAUUGGUUUCAAUGGCUUACAAGUUUUUGCUGCCAGGUUGACUGAUCAGCAAGCUUUCCAAAUUUCAAAGAUGCCUGGAGUUGUUUCGGUUUUUCCCAACUCGAAAAGGAGUUUGCACACCACUCAUUCUUGGGAUUUCAUGGGUCUUUUGGGUGAACAGACCUUGGAGGUUUCCGGCUUUAACAUCAAGAAUUAAGUAAAUGUCAUUGUCGGUUUCAUUGAUACUGGUGAAAUGCUGGCAAAUUAGGCGGCUUUCAAAGGCUCCUCAAGCUGCAGGGACCAUCCAUACUGAUUUUGAGAGAGGAUUCAUUUGUGCUGAGGACUCUUAUGAGUAUCUAUUUAAAGAGCUGAGCAAGUACAAAUGGAUCAUUCUCAGGCUAUAAUUAAAGAGUCGGUGUAUGAAAAGCAAUUGGAUAGGCAAGGAAUGGAUGACUUGAUGAAGCAAGAUGAGCUAGAAGUUGAAAGAAAGUUGAGAAAGCUUUGGCUGAUCUUUGUUUUUUAACAACCUUUGGUUGGUCUGAGAAUUGUGAUUGUUGGUUGGUUAUAGAUGAUGGGUUUCAUAAUAUUUUUCAAUUUAUGAUAUUUGCUGCAGAUGGUACUAGCUUUGGUGUGCAAUUCACACCAUUUUUUUUUUUAUAAAUGAAAUAUUCUUUUGCGACGGCAACAGUUUUCCGUCGCAAAA